CACUCAUUGAAGCAGGCAGGCACUACACCCAACAUGCUGCCAGCCCUAUACCCAACGCCUUGGAAUACGCAAUGACUAUAACACUAACGUUGUCGACAUGUCACGCUCUUCCCCCGAACCCUCCCCGUCGACCUUUUCGUCCAACAACCCGACGCAUGAAUCUCGCUACACCUACCGCCACCUUCAGCUUCUCCGGCAGAGCUCAACCGCGACGCCUCUUCGAGUGAUCGCUCAUAUCGACCUCGAUGCCUUCUACGCACAAUGCGAGAUGGUGCGGCUGGACACACCCCGCACCGUGCCCCUCGCUGUGCGACAGUGGGACUCGCUCAUUGCGAUAAAUUAUCCGGCCCGGUCCUUCGGCAUAACGCGAAUGAUAUCGGCAGGGGAGGCCAAGAAGCUUUGCCCGGAGAUUGUGCUACAACAUGUCGCGACCUUCCGAGAAGGCGAGGGCGGGAAAUGGGCGUACCGAGAAGAUGCCUUCAGAAGGAUGAAUACCGAUAAAGUGUGUCUGGAUCCAUACCGGGCUGAGUCGCGCAAGAUCCUGAAAGUGAUGAAGGACGAGAUAUCCAGGUGGCACACGGAGAUCAACGGUGGUGGACAGGGAGUCGGUUCGCCCUCUUCGACGCAGUAUGCUGGUCUUGAAAAAGCCAGCGUCGACGAAGUCUUCAUCGACCUGUCGCCUCUCGUGUACGGCGUCCUCCUUCAACGGUAUCCCGAAUUACGCGCUGAACCGCACGAUGAUGAUCGAAUUACGCCACUGCCUGCCCCGCCUACCACUGCGCUGGAAUGGAACACGGAAGACUGUCUAAUUGACUUGGACGAGAAUGAAACGGAAGUUGAUGAUCCCGACUGGGAUGAUGUCGCGACGCUGAUAGGCUCUGAGAUUGUCCGAUCGGUUCGAACAGCUGUUUGGGACAAGCUCAGCUACACGUGCUCCGCGGGCGUUGCAAGGAACAAGAUGACGGCGAAACUGGGUAGCGCUUGCAACAAACCGAACAAACAAACCAUUGUACGGAAUCGCGCGAUGCAGAAUUUCCUCGGUGGCUAUAAGUUUACGAAAAUCAGAAUGCUGGGAGGCAAACUUGGGGACCAGGUCACUGCACUGUUUGGAACAGAGCAAGUGAGUGACCUCCUAAAGGUCCCUUUGGAGCAAAUGCGGGCUAAAUUGGAUGAUGAUACUGCUAACUGGCUGUUUGGUAUCAUCCGCGGGGAGGAUAGAAGUGAGGUCAACUCGAGGACGCAAAUUAAGUCGAUGCUGUCAGCCAAGUCUUUCAGACCAAGUAUCAAUACCAUUGAUCAGGCAGACAAAUGGCUGAGGAUUUUUGCGGCUGAUAUCUACGGUCGCCUCGUGGAAGAUGGUGUCCUCGAGCAUAAGCGCCGUCCAAGAACAGUUGCCCUGCAUCAUAGACAAGGGUCCCAGGUCCGCUCCCGUCAAAUCCCCAUCCCUGGGGCGACACCAAUUGACGAAACAUUACUUUUUGAGCUGGGAAAGACGCUGUUUCGGCAGGUCAUAACAGACGGGCGGGCAUGGCCCUGUGCAAAUCUUUCCCUGAGUGUUGGCGGAUUUGAGGAUGGCGUCACAAAAAACCGGGCAAUAGACAGCUUCCUACUGCGAGGAGAGCAGGCCAAGGAUGCAGGGAAAUCUGCGGCGAGGGAGUGGACGUCAGAAGGGCCGUCUGUGGUCCAGCAGCCAAGUGGAAAACGCAGGAAGAUUGACGACAGUGGCAUCAAGAGGUUUUUCUCCAAGCCUUCCGGGACCAACCCUCAGCCCGACCCAGAUAAUGCUAAAACAGGAGAUUCAACGGAGAGGCUGGACGAACACGCAACUCCGAUGCCCCAGUCAGAAGAGAAUUCACCUCAGCCAGCAGAACUGGCCCCGGGACUCUAUACAUGCGGUAGGUGCGGGAGCGUGCUAUCAGAGCAUGAGAGAGGCGAGCAUGAUGAUUGGCACUUUGCCAAAGACCUAGCGGAUGAAGAAAGGCCAACAACUGGUACCCACCAGCAGGCUCGAGGACCGCCAACCCAUGCGGGUGCAUCUAAUUCACGUAACAAGGCUAAUCGUAGCAGUCGUGGUAAGCCAGAGAAGGGGCAGACCCGUCUCACCUUUGGAUAGGCUUUGCCGUAUAUAGCGAGCUUGCUUGGUGUGAGAGGUAUCUAGUAACAUGCUCAAUCCCAUAGCAAUAGUCUCCCACGGAGAUAAUCUCAGCCAUUUCUGGCGUUUUCUGGGGGUUGGUGUCCCUUCUUGCGAGAUAGCUGUGCUGGUGCAGAUUAUAUUCACUGCUGUGGCGUAUAAAUAUUGUUCGUGCAUUAUGUAUGCAUGUAAGUGUUUCUUCUGAGGACUGUCAUAUCACAGGCCAGCUAUUUUAGUGGAUACGAAGCAUUAGUUCGUGCUGGCUGGGUCUUCAUAGC